GGGAGCUGGUGUGGAACAGCAGUAGGGCGCAAGCAUGUCUUAUAGUGCAAAAAUCGGUCCUUCUAUAUUGAGCAGUGAUCUCUCACAGCUCGGGAAUGAAUGCAAACGGAUGAUGGAGUGCGGAGCUGACUACCUCCAUCUCGACGUCAUGGACGGGCAUUUUGUUCCAAACAUCACAUUUGGGCACCCAAUGGUGGAAUGUUUGAGAAACACACUGGGUCCUGAUCCAUUCUUUGACAUGCACAUGAUGGUGUCGAGGCCAGAGCAGUGGGUGAAGCCCAUGGCGGCAGCGGGAGCCAAUCAGUACACUUUUCACCUGGAGGCCACUUCCAAUCCAGGCAACCUCAUCAAGGAGAUCAGAGAGAGUGGGAUGAAGGUUUGCUUAAAAACUGAACCUAUCGCACAAGCUGGCCUGGCCAUAAAGCCUGGGACCACGGUGGAGGAGCUUGCCCCCUGGGCAGGACAGAUCGACAUGGCCCUUGUCAUGACUGUGGAGCCUGGCUUUGGUGGCCAGAAGUUCAUGGAAGACAUGAUGCCAAAGGUGAGCUGGCUGCGUAGUCAGUUCCCUUCCCUUGACAUUGAGGUUGAUGGAGGGGUUGGACCAAGCAGCAUCCACAAAUGUGCUGAGGCCGGCGCUAACAUGAUUGUGUCUGGCAGUGCUGUGGUGAGCAGCGAUGAUCCACGCUCUGUCAUCGCCCUCCUCAAGAACGUCGUUAUCGAGGCCAUCCAGAAACGGUCGUUGGACCGCUGACUCCGCCCAGGGCGGACGUUCAACCUCAGCGACACCGGUUUUUUCGAGCACCACUUAGAGUUUGAUGUCGCUGCAACCCGCGUGCCUCUGAAGACCUGUGUGAUUGGAAGGUUUUUUUUUUAAAUUGAGAACUGACUGGAUGUGGCAUUUUCACAUUCCUAGUGGUGCUUCAUAACAGACUUGGCGAACCGCAACACACGCUGAGUAUGAACCGGGGCUGGCUGCGGCCAUGGAACCCAAUACACUGUAAUACGAGGAAUCUUUCAGUCUGUAAAAUGGAAACCAGUUGCCGGAGACCACAAUAGCAUUCCCUUUCUCAGAGACACUUUAUUUGUCUGAUGCUCUGAUCUGAUCCACUGCUCAUGAAUGUCCCCCUUUUCUCUCUGUUCAUGUCUUCUGCCUGGUGUGUUUAAUUAUCUGACAUCACUGUUCACAUUAAAAAAAAAAAAAAAAAGAAGAAGAAGAAAGAAAGAAGAAAAGCAAGGUAAAGGGGUCACUGACGUCUGUUUAAAGACACAGGGCUUGUUUUUGUCUUUAUGUUUUUUUUUUUCUGUCAUACUGUCUUAAUUUUCAGUCCCAGUUUGGUCCGAGUGAUUGUUUUGACGGUUUAUUUCAUGUCCUUCCAGAUUGAAUUUUUGGAAAUAAUAAACUGAUGCAUUGAACAAUGAAACUAAAUUAAAGAUUCAUUUGUAGUAAUCCAG